AACUAAUGUAAUUGUUGUGUGGGGCCUAUUGUAGCACGCUGGAUUUGUAGCUUGGUUAGUCAAGGGGCUGCUGCUUCCAAAAAAGCAAAUAUCUAAUUCCAUUCAAAUAAGCGAAGUUGAUAUUUUCAAUUCCAACAAUUGAACAUUCUCACUUCUCAGCACCCAAAUCGAUCAUGGCGUACACACAGCAAUCACAAGAAGAUCGAGUGCCCAAGGAGGUGUUGGUUCUUGGCCCACCAAAUGUAUUAAAAGCUUAUGGAAAACAAUUAUCAGAAAAGUUCCAAUUGUUGAACGCAUGGGAAUCUCCAAUGCCCACUCACCAAUUCAUCGCAACCCAUGCCAGCUCAGUGCAAGCCAUACUCUGCUCCGGCCGAACUCCGAUCCACGCCGAUGUCCUCAGCCUCCUCCCGUCUCUCGGGGUCAUCGUCACCACCAGCGCCGGCCUCAACCACAUCGACUUGCCGGAGUGCCACCGCCGGGGGAUCACCAUCGCCAACACAGGAACUCUAUACUCGGCCGAUGUGGCCGACAUAGCAGUUGGACUGUUGAUUGAUGUUCUGAGAAAAAUCACGGCCGGUGAUCGGUAUGUUCGUGGUGGACUUUGGCCGAUCAAAGGAGACUAUCCUCUUGGUUCCAAGUUGGGAGGCAAGCGAGUUGGGAUUGUUGGACUCGGAAACAUUGGCUUAGAAGUUGCAAAAAGGCUGGAGGCCUUUGGCUGCAUAAUCUCAUACAAUUCAAGGAAGAAGAAACCAUCUGUUGCCUUCCCUUUUUAUCCUUGUGUCUGUGAACUGGCAGCUAAUUGCGAUAUCCUUGUCAUUUGCUGUGCAAUAACCGACCAAACACAUCACAUGAUUAACAAGGAAGUGUUAUUGGCAUUAGGAGAGGAGGGAAUCAUUGUUAACAUCGGACGAGGGGCUGUCAUUGAUGAGAAAGAACUCGUCCGGUGUUUGGUUGAAGGGAAGAUUGCUGGUGCUGGCUUGGAUGUGUUUGAGAAUGAACCCGAUGUUCCCAAAGAGCUCUUUGCAAUGGAUAAUGUUGUGUUAACACCCCAUCGAGCUGUCUAUACGGAAGAAGGUUAUCUGGAUUUAUACAAACUCGUAUUGGGGAAUUUGGAAGCUUUCUUCUCUAAUGAACCUUUACUUUUUCCUGUUGUGGAUGAAUGAAUGUUUUGAUUCUUCUCUUUGGAUCGAGGUUUGUCUCUCACAUGUUGUUGUUGUAGUAGUAGUAUUUUAACCAAGACCCUUUCUUGUUUCAGUUGGCUAUCUCAUUGAACAUCUAUGAUCAUGAGUCAUUCUUCCAAAACAUGUUACUCUUUGCACUUUGUAGUAUGAAAUAUGUGCAUCAUAACCAUCUGGUGGAAGUUAUGUCUUCUUAUGGCAUGGAGAGAACCAUAUAUGUAAAUAAACAUUUUUAUUGUUGCA